AUGCCUACAACUGAUACUCGUCAAAUGCAUAUCUAUCGAAAACCAGUUCAUCAAAAACGUGUCAUUUGUACUGAUCAUCAUAUGUCAGCUCUACAUACGCGUUCUCCUUCGCCCAAACGAUCUAGACUUGCAUCUCGACGACGUCAUUCAACACCUCCAGCAUUAACUCUACGCGUUUUUGAAUGUAAAUCGCCAUCAUCAAAUAGAGUGGCCAAAUAUUACUAUCCAAAUAAUAUAAGACAUACGCGAGUUAGUGGUGAAUCAAGUUCAAUAUCGGGUUCGUUUAGAUCGAUUCCGAGUUCAAAUCCAUUAGCAAAACGACGUUUUCAAGACGAACGUACAGGUUAUGUAUCGACAACUCCGUCGAGUAUUACUUCAAUUACUGAUAUUGUUUUACCCAUAGCUAAAAAGAAUCGUGCUACCAUUGUUAAUAUUCCAAGUCAUAUUAAAUCCAGUAUACAACCAAUGAGUCGUGAAUCAUCAACAAAGAAACAGCGAGAACCGCCAAAGUCACUUACUUCUGGAAGUCAUGCGUUUAUUUUGAAUGAAGAAACUUCUGAAUAUUCAUUAUCAGACUAUAUCCAUAAACCAAAACCAAUUCAAGGAUCUAAAUGGUAUCAUAGAAAAUGCCCUUGUCGACUUUCAUGUUGUACUUUUUGCUGCAAAUGGUAUUAUAGAUGCCCAUUGUUCUGUUGGAGUUUGUGUUUUUUAUUAGUUAUUGCUUUAAUUAUUGGUAUAUUUAUAUCAUUUGGAUAUCUAUCAAGUUAA